CAGCAACUAGUUCAAAUGAACCGUUCAAUUGAACAAGGUUACAAAAUGUUUACCGCUCCUCGCUUAUUACGUGCAUCAGGUAUCUUUAUGACCAGCAAAUAUAUACGCAACUAUAAACAAUUUGGCACACCAUUUUGGCAUGCCGAAACAACAACAGGAAUAAAUAUACCCAAAGUGCAUACAGAACAAACAACCAAAGCUUACAGCAGUCAGGCUGAAACGGACUGCAGCCUGGACAAUGCAACAUAUGAACGUGUCUGUGCAGAAACAUUGGAUGCGCUAAGCGAUUAUUUUGAUGAGCUAAUGGAGCAGACCAAUGAUCUACCCGGCAGCGAUGUAGCCUAUGGCGAUGGCGUCUUGACUAUUAAACUGGGCAGCGCACAUGGCACUUAUGUUAUUAAUCGCCAGACGCCCAAUAAACAAAUCUGGCUAAGCUCACCGAGCAGCGGUCCCAAGCGUUUUGAUUUUGUGACCAGUUCAGGAGAUAACAAUGGCAAAUGGAUUUAUAAGCAUAGCGGCGAAUCCUUACAUGAACUGCUCCAGCUGGAGAUUGGCAACAUCCUAAAAAACCAGACUGUUAAUUUUAAGCAGUUGCCCUAUUGAAGUUAAAGAAAAUUUGUUUGUGCUUUAGCUUAUGUUUUAUUUAGUUGGUGUCAUAACCAAGAACAGCAAAGAAAACGAUCAUUCAAAAUAUAACCAAAAACAAAUAUUUUCGAAAAUCUGAAUUUUUAAUAAGUAUAUACAUAUGUACUAUAUACAUAGUUAUUUAACACGCGCGUAAGGUUCCAAUGUUUGUAAAUUGUGCAUUAUAUUAAUUUUUAUGAGCUUUAAGCCAUGCUAGUUUAGUUUUGUUAGCUGAAAGGUUUCAAUGUCGUUAUUUUAAGUUGAAAUUUAUUUUUUGUUUUGGAUUAUAAUAGUUUGGGUUUCACAAUAUAAUAUGAUAUGAUUCCCGGCAAUGUUUUUACUUCAUUUUUUAAGUUCUACCUGUAUAGUUAUGGAUUACUUGUAUAUUUUCUACUGAUAAACAAUUUAAUUAUUUAUGUUAUGGGUUAGUUAAUUAUGUGUUCUUGUUAAUGAAAUCAAUAUCGUGUUUUGUUAUACGCCUGAAAAAAAUUAUAAUCUUUGCUUUUCCAACAACAAAUAAGAAUUAUUGCCGUUUUUUUGUUGUUACUUCAACAACUAAGGCCUUAAGUUUAGUUUAGUUAAACAUAACAUGCAUGCAUUAGCAUAACUAUUAAGGAUUAUAUUUUGCUUAGCAAAGCAAAUACAUACAUAACUACUUAG